ACGCGCUGUUAAGCCACUUUUAUUCUUCAUUAUGCAUCUGUUGUAAGUAGACUUACCAGAGACGGUUUGAAUAUUUCAUUUAAAGCGCGACUAGUGUACUUUGACUUCAAGUCCCAUGAUGCACUUCUGAUGCCCCACUACAAGGCAGCAGCCAGUCAGCAGCAGGUAAACAAACCUAUCUGCUCCUUCGAGAAGGCGAGACCAAACAAAGCGUAUGCGCUUGUCGGAAUAUCUUGCAUCUUUAAUGGCGAGGAGGAUGAUAGUCGAGAGAGAGAUGCGUCAGCUGUCACCAAUUCUUUAAAAAAAAAAAAAAAAAAAAGGUCGCCGCGUUGACAUUUAACGGAGGCAGAGUCAGCGACAAGCAGAAGGACGAGUUGAACCUGCAGUGAAUAAACUCGCGUCGACAUAUGCGCAUGAUGCAUUGCAGCACUUUUGAGAAAACUGGUGUUUUUAGCCUCAUUCUCAGAAUAGGUUACAUGAUCCGGGAUGUCGGCUGGGUUCUUUAGCCACCGUAACUUUUGAUUGUGCUGGAUUCUAAACAACACCCCAUCCGUGCGACCUGCAACAUGGGGCCCAUCAUGCAGGAACGCACAGCAUCCUCGACGCUGAAACGAGUCGUCUCCAAAGAGAAAAUUCGAGUAAAAAACACCGAGAACAGUGUGCCAGUAACCAGUUCAAAGAAAGGUAACAAGAUGAAGAAAGCAGUGGGUCAAAUGAAAAAUGGUCCCCAAGGACCAGGACCAGGUCAGGAAAAGGACACGCUGACCACAGUGCAGAAGGGUGCACAGUCAAAGGGAGGCAGAUUCAAAACCGCCACUGCAAGGAAUACAAGCAAACUCUCCAGCCCUGAAGAAGAAGAUUUAAGACCUCCGCUUAGAAAACACUUAUCUGUGCACAGAAAAGAGGAGAAACGUGAAAAUCAACGGUUGACACAAUGCAGCAAUGAGCUACACCCAAAUCGAGGAGCAAUGGGUAAAAAUCGGCGAGCCCUUUCAUUGCCUCUCUCCCCAAUAUCCGGUCUGCGACACAUGCCAUCCCACCCUCUGUCACACUCCCCAGCCCCCACACCAGAAUCCCUACAGCAUCACUACAACCAGAAGGAUAUUGACACUGACAGUGCUAGUGAUCUGUCAGACUCUGAGAGACUGCCCGUGUUGCCCUCUCCAUGUACCCCCUGUACCCCUCCUCACCUCAACCUCAGGGCCGAGGUCAUCAACACCAAUGACUUUCCACCUGACUUCCCGGGACCCCGAGGGUGUGUGGGUGAUGAAAGUGAGAGUGACAAACCCAGCUACAGUUACACAGAUUUUCUGCCGCCGCCCUUCAACAGCUGGAGCCUGAGACAGCUUGCCGUCUUUAUCCACACAGAGGGCCGUGGGGCCCCCAGGCCCAAGCCUGUAGGGAAUUUAGAGAAGUACCUGGAGAGGUUGCUGCAGCUGGAGUGGCUCCAGAUCCAAACAGUGCAAGCAGAGAGCAACAGGCCGCCUGGGAGCCGACCAAGACCACAGGGCUUUCCCUCUGCUACCACCGCACACCCUGCGCACAGGCCUCACACAGCACCAUCAUCUCGUCUCAACUCCCCCAAAGGGCUGCGGCAAAGCCAGCGAGCCUUCCCAUUGGCACCUUUAAACAACCCUCCAUCACCUGCUUCAGCCCAGCACUCCCGCUUCCCAGUUUGCCCACAUUGUCACAUUCGCUACCCGCUGUGCAAUGGGAGCUGCUCUGCCAAUGCGUACCAGCGCCACUCGAGGCUCAGCCCACUGCUUGAGCACAGAGCCAGACCUGGGGCACCAGCAAAAAGGAGCAGCAGUGAGACCAGAGCAACUUCGACAGAAGGUAGAAGCCCAGGAGGACAAGGUGGUGGAGAAGGAGGAGCCCACACCCCAGUUAGCCCCUCAGCUGGUAGGAGUCAUCUCAGACAAAUGCAGGCUGCAGGCAAUGCACGUAAGCAACCCCAGGAGUCUGGAAGCAACCCAAACAGCCGAGGACCAGUGAGGAAAAGCCGCCUCAGAGCUAACUCUGAGACAGAUGUUAAAAAGGAGUCUGGUGGCAGUAAAGCCGCUGGUGCAGAGAAACGUGUCUUUGCUGCAAGUAAGAGAGAGGUCAUCACCUCUAAGAGAGCAGAGAAGGACUGGCAGAGGCAGGAGACGGGAGGUCAGGCCUCUAAAACUUCAAUGAAGAGAUCGGCUAAAGAGCCGCAGUCUAUCUCCAAAGCACUGCUUAGUAAUAAGCAGAAUGGCAAAACAAAAAAUGUUCACUUUGUCGCAAAGUAAUCUGUGUACACUUACAGUAUUGCACUUUACUUAGUGUUAACUUGGUCCAGGAGCUUGAACCAUUGCUUGCUUUCUGUGUAAAACUAACUGUUGUACAGAAGUCUAAAUCAGUGAUGUACAGCCUACAAAAGUCAUAACUAACAUGAGCAGCUAGAAUAGAGACAGCAGUCACGUCAAAGAAAAACACUUAAAUGAAACAUAUAUUUAGAUAUUGUAUUUAUUCAAAAUGUAUGGUACAGUCAUAAUGUUAAACUCUGUGGUGACAGAAGAAUAAUUAUGGCCCUCAACAAGACAGGAGUUUAAAAGCAACGCUUCUGUGUUGUUACAGUUAUUUGCACUUCACAGUCAGGUCUCCUUGUGCUACUACUGGUGGAAUAGCUAGGCAUUGAACAAAACAUCUACUGAACUACUUAACAGCUUUCGGCAUAAGUAAUCCAUAGUGAAGUUUAACAUACAUCAUUGCAUUUUCAUCAUCCAAUACAACCGUAGCUGUAAUAAGUAGUUUGAAUGUUAGAAUGUCUUGGUUUUCAGUGCUUUUUACUUUACUUGAUGUUGCUUUUUAUCCUUUCUUUGGUGCCUCAUGUUUUAAGUCACAUGUUCAGUUGGAGCAUCUUAGGCUGAAAUGAAGGUGGCGCAAUAAGUGGUGUUAUACUACAGUAAUGUACGUUUCAGAUAUAUUUGUGCAAUGGAUUUAUAACUUUGGUUACAAGGGCUCUUCAUAUUUGAACAGCUUGAAUUGUAGUUGAUGAUGAUAUCCUGUAUUUUGCAUAGAACUGAGCUCUUUCUAUCAUUGAAGACAAUGUUAUGUUUGCUAUGAAUGUAAAUGCAUAUUUUUCCAAAUUUUAUAUACCAUAGUUAUAUUUAUGAAAAGUGUUGUGGUUGACCUGUAUUCACCAUUGUCAUUAUCAUGUUUACAUUGUCAUGCACAAAUACAAAAUACUUCGCUAAAAAGCUGAAUGUAAUAUAAUGUAUCAAUGGGUCAUUCUUAGGCUGAAGUGUAAUUUAAACACAUCGUUGCUGUUUUGCUGUAAGAGGUUGUUGUCUACACAUAUACCCUCCAUCCUCCACUGCAAACUUGAAGAUUUAAGAACACUGGUUAGAGUGUCUUUUCUAUCUGUUGUGAUUUACCAUGCACACCGAAUUCAUGAAAACACUGCAAUGUUAAUAAUGUGAUAUGUAUUCAUAUUGCACAUCUCCUUAAUAUUCAUGUAAAGUAUAAAAGCCAUAGACAAGGGACCAGAAAUGGUGGUGAUAUUAUAAAUGUGUAAAUGAUGUUGACAAGCACGCAGAAAGAUUGUGGUACGUAUUUUCACCAUGUUGAAUGCAAGUAUUUGACGGCAUAGAAAUAAAUGUUUUGCACUCAAGGGAAA